UACUUCCGUCUUCCUCAAUGUUGUGUCAAACAAACACGACUUUUAUAUAGAUAAUUUUUGUAUAAGAUCUGAUAUAUUGAAAAAUCUUCACAAACAAUGCUUCCCUCAUUUAGAUUAGUACCAGUGUUAGUUAGAAUAUUUUUUGACUUUGUAUUUUUGUUUAAUUCCAUAUUAUAGUAUAUUAUUGCAAGGUCAUAGAGAUUACACCGCAUAACUUUUGGAGAAAAUGGCCACUGAAGAAAUGGAAACUGAACAGGGAGAUAAAGGAGCGAGAAUGUUCACUUUGAAGAAGUGGAAUGCGGUUGCUAUGUGGAGUUGGGAUGUAGAGUGUGAUACUUGUGCAAUUUGCCGAGUUCAGGUCAUGGAUGCUUGUUUACGUUGCCAGAAUGAGAACAAGCAAGAGGACUGUGUAGUUGUUUGGGGCGAGUGCAAUCAUUCCUUCCACAAUUGUUGUAUGUCACUCUGGGUGAAGCAGAACAAUAGAUGUCCCUUGUGUCAACAAGAGUGGGUGGUCCAGCGAAUAGGAAAAUAGUAUGGUGACCUUGACCUUCAAAGCAGAUGACAUUUGGUGGGGAAUUAAUGUUCUAAAAAUGAGACACUAUUAAGGAAAAAAGUGAUGCAGUGGAUAUUUGGUGUCACCUUCUACAAGAAUGGCUGUUCCAUUGAUGAGAACACAACGGCUAAGACAUUAAGCAAAAUAGGAGAACUAUGGCCUUGAGAUAGCAUACGUCAUGUUUAUAUAGUAUAGGUUAUUCUUCCUGAACAGCAAAAUGGAAUUUUAAGCAGAUCA